AUGGCCAAACAUACCGCCCCAAGAACAGUUCUAGUAACCGGCGCAAACGGAUACAUAGGCUCUGCAAUCUCCCGCUCCUUCGUUCGCGCAGGCUGGAAAACAUACGGGCUCAUUUGCUCCCAAAAACAUGCUUCGGCCCUCUCAUAUAAUGAUAUGAUACCGGUACUCGGAUCCUUCAAUGACCCUUCCUUCCCCUUCCUCACAAAAUUGAAUGAAGAAGGCGUAGUAUUCGAUGUCGUUAUCUCAACCACAGAGCAAUUAAGCAACUACAUCCCUCACUACAAUGCCAUCAUUCCACUUCUCCACAAGGUCGUAGAAUUAACGAAGGUAGGAGGGAAAGAGAAGUUGCUCGUGCUGUUCACGAGUGGAUGAAAAGAUUAUAGGAUUCGGACAAACUCGCCACCUCACCAGGUCUGAGACCUCAUACCGAGUCGUCGCUUUUGAACUCUCCGAAAGCGUUGAGAGAUCGCGCGAACUAUGCUAUGAGGGCUUUUCAUCAUGGCGACGCUUUUGAUGCAGCGGUCAUCCGACCAACGAAUGUUUAA